AUGAUAGAAAACAGUCUUCAAGAUCCAGGAUUCUUAGAAAAACAUCUUGGCGAUAUAAUACUGGUGGUGUCCAUUGUGAUUGCCGCAAUAAUAACACUUAUACUUGACUUCGACAUAAAGGCUCGCUACACUUAUCCUAAUAAUAUUAUAAUGAUAGUGACUGCGGUUGUUUUAAUAUCGAUUGCUGGAACCAUAUUGUUUAAUACUCUCGAUUAG